AUGUUGCGCCUCCUCGCAACCUCCCUGUACCUCCACUUCCAGCGCACGCCUUCGCACCUCAGAUCAUGCGCGACCCUGACACCCUCAGAGAACCCUCAAACCGUGGAGACUCUCUACCAGCUCUCCGUGGACCUCCAAAAGGUGAGAAAACUCAAAGGCUGGGUUCUCCGUCAAAACCCGGCCUACGCCGAGGAGGCGGCCCAGUUACUGAAGGACCUGGGCGCCUCGGGAACCGUGGUCUCCACCGUUCUGACCUCGCACCCCGAAGCCGUGCUCUGUCACCCGGAAGAAACGCUGGCGCAGAAGAACCUCUGGAUGUCCGUCUGCCCUAAUAAGAAAGAGCUAGUCGCGAUCAUCGAGAAGUUCCCGGCGUCCUUUUUCACGUUUAGUAACCACGACAACCAGCGGGACAACAUCGCUUACUUCCGAAGCUUGAACCUGAAUAAGAGAAUGAUCACCAAGCUGAUGGCCGGAGCUCCUCAGAGCUUCGGCCGUCCCGUGGAGCAGAACCGGGACAUGGUGCGCAGCCUUCAGAAGACAUACCUGGACCUGGGAGGAGAUGAAGCCAACAUGAAGGUUUGGCUUCAGAAACUGCUGAACCAGAACCCCUUCGUGCUCCUCAAAGAACCCCAAAUCUUGACGGACAACGUGGUCUUCCUCCGAGAACGAGGCUUCGGGACGGCGGAACUUCUGCACCUCCUUUCCAAACUCAAAGCUUUCGUGAUCGAUCUGAACCCGGAAAGCAUGCGGCGCACCCUGGGCUACUCGAAGGACGUUUUGGGGUGCUCGGAGGCGGAGCUGCGAACGAUUAUCGUCCGAUGUCCGGCGCUGCUUUACUACCCCGAAGACGUUUUGGCCGAGCGCUUCGCAGGGCUGCUCGCCGCCGGGGUUAGCAUGGGGCAGAUCGCGCAAACUCCGACGGUGUUGGAGUUAACCACGCAGAUUGUUAAUUAUCGGAUACAGAGAUUGAAGGGGCGGGGUUACGACGUGAGGAGUUCUAGCUUGGAUGUUCUUAACGGGACGAAGAAGGACUUUGAGGUGAGUUUUGGGAGGUUACAGCUAAGGAGGGAGCGACCGCUUUUUAACCCGGUGGCGCCUUUAAAAGAUGACUGA